AAGCGCCAUAGAUCGAAAUCAGCGCUCCGGCGAAAUGGAUUAUUGGAGGAUAUACCUGCAAAAGUGCCGAGCAUAGACGAGAGCCACGCACGCACUCCCGUAUUUGGGUUAAAAAAAAUACCCAAAUGCCUGGGUAAAUCUCGACAACUCAACGAGCCUGAAAGGGUCGUUCGCGAAAGAAUCCCCUCAGCACUCUCGGUUGCUUAGCCUCUAGGGCAGCCGCCCCAACCAGGGCUCUUCUCCAGAGUUUUGGCCUGCGACGAGGGGCGGGGGGCGUCCCAGGUUGGGCACGCUUUCUUUCUUCUGCUGGCUCGGCGCUCCUAUUCACGCGGGAAUCAUGAGUUGAAAACGCAGCACCGUACUAAUCCGACUUCACUUAUCGUGGUGGGACAGAUCAGUUGAUCAAUCAGUUGAUCGAUCUGCAGGGCCGAUCGUGCCAGCUCUGCUGCGAAGACCAAGCCUUGCACGAUGCAGCAGGAAGGCGCCCGCUUCCCUAUCCGGGUGGGAGCGCCGCUGGUAGCGGAGCAACACUCGGUUUCGUUUUCUGAGAGGCGACUCUCCUCUUCGAGUUUCGCUUUCCCAGUAGCUGGAAGGAGCGAAUAAAAGGGCCGCAUUGCUGCGCUGGUCGCCGGUCGUCCUGAGCAGGCGAUCAGCCCUGCUGAGAGAAAGGAGCUCGUUUCUUUUGCAAAUAAGAACCCGAAGCCAUGAGUGACAUUUCCAAAGAUUCCUUAGAGAAGAUCCUCACACAACUUGAGUGUCAUUUCACAUGGAUGUUGCUGAAGGAUGAUGUUGAUCCUGAUGAAUUAGAGGAAAGAAUUCUUGAACAGAUUUGCUUUUUGCAGUCCAGGUCCAAAGUCCGGAAUUAUAACCUGUUGGCUUAUGUGAAGUACUUGAAUGGCAAGAGGGAAGAAGCUCUGGAAAGCCUACAGAAAGCAAAAGAGGCUGCUGAAGAAGAGUACCCAGGAGACAUUGAGAAAAACAGUCUUGUGACGUGGGGCAACUAUGCGUGGCUGUACUGCCACAUGGACAGACUCCCAGAAGCAGAGACCUAUGUGAAAAGGGUGGAGAGUGUUUGCAAACAACACCAAAGCGAUUCUCCUUAUAAGAUGACAUUACCAGAGAUCUACUGUGAAAAGGGGUGGGCCUUCCUCAAAUUUGGGAAAAAAUAUUAUGAAAAAGCCAAGGAGAGUUUUGAAAAGGCCCUGCAAGAAGAACCCGAAAACCCAGAAUGUAAUGCCGGCUAUGCCAUCACAGUGUACCGCCUGGAGGAGUACCAUGAAAGGAGAUCUGCAGCAGCAGGCUCUUCGCUGGAACCCUUGAAGCGCGCAGUUACACUGAAUCCGGAUAACGCAUUCGUCCUGCCUCUCCUCGCAUUAAAGUUGCAGGAAACCCAUAAAGCUAAAGAAGGGGAAAAGUACAUUGAAGAAGCCCUGUCAAAACACCCUUAUGAUCCAUAUGUGCUGAGGUAUGCUGCAAAGUUUUACAGGAGAAAAGGUAAUGUGGAAAAGCCCCUGUUGUGUUUGACAAAAGCAUUAGAGUUGACGCCAAAUUCUGGCUUCUUGCACCAUCAGAUGGGGCUUUGCUACAGAGCACAGUACUUUAAAAUGAAAAAGGCAAAGGCAAGACACCAGGUCAUCAAAGAGAAUAAACUGCUCGAGCUUAGCAUUUUUCAUUUCCAGAAAGUGGUGGAGCGCAAAACCAAAUUCAUCUCUGCUUAUCUAGACCUUGCAGGUAUGUAUGCUGAAGCAGGGCAGCUUAGGACUGCAGAGGAAACAUAUCGCAAGGUACUUGUAAUGAGCAGAUUAACAUGUGCUGAAAAGCAGGAGAUCCACUUCCGUUUUGGCCAUUUCCAGGAAUUUUACAAAAAGUCAGAAUUGGAAGCUCUUAAGCACUAUCUGGAAGGGCUCAAAAUUGAAAAUAACUCUUUUGAGAGAAAUAAGUGCAAACAUAACUUGGACAGAUUAAUAGAUAAAAGAACCAAGAAAGGUCUGGUAGAUGCUCUGUCUUUGGGUGGCCUUGCACUCAUUUGCCAACUCAAUGGGUUUAAGGAGGAUGCAAUUAAGUUCUAUGAGCUUGCCCUGAAACGGGAUCCUGGGAAUGAAGAAUUCCUCAGUGCCAUUUUCAACUUGAAACUUUCCUUACAAAGCUAAACUUCACUAUGAGUGUUGUCUUCAUAAGAUCUUCCUUAAGAACAUGCAGGAGAUAAAGUUAGCUUGCUUUGCAAAAUACAUACAUUUGAGUUUGAAAUGAACAGUAGGAAGAAGAAUGGCUGAAAGAGUCAGGAUGGUGUGCUACAUUUAACCCCUUCUCAGGCUGAUUAGCAGCUGGGUGACUGUCUGUACAACAGCCCUACAUGAUGCAUCCUGGGUUUUCCAAUGAGCAGGAAAUGUGCAAAUAACAUCAUAGUUAGUUACUACAUUUGUAAUCAGCUCAGUAAUGCAUGUUAUCUGCCUUAAAUAUAUUAAACAUCCCAAUUUCCACUGAAUUAAAUAUGCUUGUGAUGUACAUUGCUUAUCUAGAAGAUGUGUGUAUUUAACAAGAUGGCCUGUAUAAUUGUAUUUGGAUGUUGCUUAGAAUAAAAACUGUUGAUGAAUCUGGA